CGGGGCAGCGGGGAGCCGAGGACCCAGCCGCCGGCGGAGCCGGGACCCCCUCCCGCAGUUCUCUCCGACGAUGCCGGACGAAGCCACGGAAAACUCCGGCUCCACCUCCGCCCGCGUCUCGUCCUUCUUCAUCGAGGACCUGCUGGGCACCGAGGGCACGGCAGGCGGCGGGGCGCGGCGGGCGGCGGCGGCGGGCGGCGGGCGCGGGGGUCCGCGCUGCGGGCCGCACUCCCCGCUGCGCAUCGGCGCCCCGGGCUGCCCCCUCCGCGACGCCGCCGUCGGCUGGUACCGCCGGGCACACGCCGCCUUCCUGGGCUGCGCCAGCCCCGACACCAGCGACCGGGACUCGCCCGAGCUGCCCGAAGAGCCGGCGGAGCGGGCUGGCAGCGGGCGGGCGGCGGCGAGAGGCCCGGCGGGCGGGCGGCCGGGGCCCGGCGGCCGAGAGGAGGAGGAGGAGCGCGGCGAGGAGCCGGGGGAGCCGGAGCAGCGCGCCGCCGGCCGCAAGAAGAAGACGCGCACGGUGUUCAGCCGCAGCCAGGUGUUCCAGCUGGAGUCCACCUUCGAUGUGAAGCGCUACCUGAGCAGCUCCGAGCGGGCCGGGCUGGCCGCCUCGCUGCACCUCACCGAGACCCAGGUGAAGAUCUGGUUCCAGAACCGCCGCAACAAGUGGAAGCGGCAGCUGGCCGCAGACCUGGAAGCGGCCAACCUCUCCCACGCCGCCCAAAGGAUAGUGCGGGUCCCCAUUUUGUACCACGAGAACUCGCCGGCGAGCGCCUUGGGCUUCACCCUGCCCCACAUGUCGCCCCCCUUGGUGGGCUUCUCCAGCGGCGUCAGCUACCCCCUGGGCACCUUCCCCGCCGCCUCCCUCCCUUUCCUAAGGUCGCAGAUGACAGGACUCGUCUGAGCGCCCACCUCCGUCGGGACCGCGGCCCCCUCGCCCCCUCCCUCGACUUCCAGCUCCACCCCCCUUCCUCCACGGACUUUUUAUUUUCAACUUACACGUUUCUUGAUUUUCUGCUUUUUGAUUUUUUUUU